ACAAGAGGAAGCUAAUACAAGUACUCUCGAGUGGGAGUUGGGCCCGCCUACUGGACGCCAAGUAUGCAGGCCUGAGACAGACCGCCUGCAAAGGAAACCCAAGAUGCAAACACCAUAUACGGACAGUCUACAUGCUAAUGGCACAUCAAGCCCACAAAAUCCUCCAUCUCUUCGCUGCGGAUCGAUCUGGUGGCUUGAGCUUGACAUGGAUAGACUUACUUGUAUCCUAGGAUCUUUGAAGGAGGAGGGAGAUGGAGAGUACAGUAAGAGAGCCAUUGCUCACCGCUGCUAUCCGUGGUUCAAGCCUUGGCUUCAUCGCCAGCCCAACUUGCAGACCCGACUUGAAGCGGCCCCCAUUCGAACCCCCUGGUUCCGCCUCACCGCCUGCUACGACCCCCGGCCCCGGUCUCCGGAUUUCCGGCCCCGCACGCUCGGGGCGGUUCGGUCACGUCGCUAUGGACCAGGGCAUCUGCCCAGCUGCGACGGAGCUCUGGUAACAAGUACUAGCAGCCCACUAGAUGAGCCGCCAUUAUGGAGAGGCUGUCGCUGGAGAGUCAUGAGAAGAACAAAAGAACAAAGUGGAGACGAAUUGGGCGGCUCUAGCCUCAUCGCCCAUGGCCAGGAGGGAGACAGGGGAAGCGUAUUCUCGAAACCACGAAAGCUCCAAGGCCUGCAGUCAGUCUACAAGGACGAGCGACUAGUACUUGUGCCAGACAGCACAGGCAUAGCCGAUAAACGGCCCCCAAACACCGCUAUGCUGCAAGUUGGAGCACGACCGGGGCGUCUGUCGGCGCCCUGA